ACCUGUGGUGUACACGUGACCGGAAGCAGGAAGUACACAACAGUCCGAAAGCCACUGGCUAGCAAUGGAGGAUCAAGAAAGGCCAAAGGUUUUACCCUUACUUCUGCUCGCAAACACUAAUAAGAAGGCCAAGAAGAGGAAGUGCGUGUAUGAAAAAGCUCAGAUUAGAAAGCGUGUGGACUUCGAGAGAGGAAAAACCAGGGUCAACAUCGGGGAUGCGUUUGCACGCUGGCGACAGCUGAAAGAGUCGAAAGGUUUAAAAAGCGACGCCAUGGUGGCUGAGUUUCUGCUGAAGAGCUACAAGAAACUUGCAUCGACUUCCACAACGUUUAAACACGAAGAGGAGAGCCACUACCCCCCAGCUGUGUCACCCAAUAGCUCUGAGUUCUCCUCAGACCGACUGUUAGAUGAAAAGCCCCCAGAGUGGAGCUUGUGUACAAUAAAGGUGGAGCAGGACUGCAGUUACAUCUCAGACCCCCAGAGUACAAUCCUGCAGAGAACGCUGUCAGAAACUGAGGAGGAUCCCAAAAUCAAGAACGAGGAGGCCACAUGAUCCCCGCAGGGAUGCGGCUCUUUCAGGUGUCCCUGCCUCAACCACCCAGGAGCAGGUCAGCAGAGGGGUAGGACAAUCUGCCACAACACGAGAAGAUUUAAACUCACCGGUGUCACAUCCCAUAUGCACAGACUCGUCAGCCCUUCUCAAAUGUCAUCUAGAAUCAAGAAACCUCUGCAAACACCUUCUCUCACUUCCUUGUAUAUAAUGUAUAGUUCAUUUAGUCUUAACCUUCCAUAGCCAUUAUUUUUAUUUCUGUAACAGAUUGUUUUCUAAUAAAAACAUAUUUCAUACAACA